UUCCGGCGGCCGACCGGGACAAUAUAAGAAGCUGCGCAAUGACAACACUGCUUGAACGACAACCCGUGGAAGAGCAAGUGGCCAACCAAAAAACAGGGAUCGAUCCAACUAUCUAUUUAUCUAUCUAUCUAUUUAUCUAUCUGUCGUUUAGCGAAUCCACUCUUUUGUUUGUUUCUUUUCGCAUCUUCCCAAAGAAGCGAAGGAUGCCUUUCCUCGGACAGGACUGGAGGUCGCCGGGACAAUGUUGGGUUAAAACCGAGGAGGGAUGGAAAAAGACAACGGUGGACAACAACAAAAACAAAAACAACAACAACAACAACAUGUCCCUUGAGAGCUUCUGCAAAGCGGAGCAGGAGUGUUUCAACAAGGAGAACUUGCUGCUUUCUCUGGGCUAUGACAUGGCUGCCAAGAAGAGGAAGAAAGACCUGAUUAACAACAACACCAAGGCCCCAUAUUUCCACAGGGAAAAGUGGAUCUAUGUUCAUAAAGGAAGCACCAAGGAGCGCCACGGAUAUUGUACCCUGGGGGAAGCCUUCAACCGCUUGGAUUUUUGCAGCGCCAUCAAGGACACCAGGAGGUUCAACUAUGUUGUCAGACUGCUGGAGCUUAUCGCCAAGUCCCAGCUCCCGUCACUUAGUGGUGUGGCUCAGAAGAAUUACAUGAAUAUCCUGGAGCGAGUGGUACACAAAGUGCUGGACGACCAGCAGAACGUGCGUCCCAUCAAGGAGCUGCUCCAAACGCUGUACGUGUCGCUUUGCGGUCUGGUUCAGGACAUGGGCAAGUCUGUGCUGGUCGGCAACAUCAACAUGUGGGUGCAGCGCAUGGACAACAUCGUGCAGUGGCAGAAGCAGCUAAACAACAUCCGGAUCAAUCGGCCAAAAGCAACGGGCAUGACGCUAAUGCAGCUGCCCGCCAGCCUGCAGCUGAAUAUCAUGGAGCGUCUGUCGGACGGCAGGGACUUGGUGUGCCUAGGCCAAGUGUGUCCGCAACUCGGGAGCCUUGCUGAGGAUCGCGUGCUCUGGAAGAGACUCUGCCAGUACCACUUCACAGAAAGACAGAUCCGAAAGCGUCUGAUGGUGUCUGACAAAGGUCACCUGGAGUGGAAGAAGAUGUACUUCAAGCUGAGCCGCUGCUACCCCCGCAGAGAGCAGUACAGCGAUACCCUGCACUUCUGCUCGCACUGUCACAUCCUUUUCUGGAAGGACACCAAUCAUCCGUGCACUGCCAACAACCCAGAAAGCUGCACCGUGGCCCUUUCCCCUCAAGACUUCAUUAACCUUUUCAAAUUCUGAUCAUCGCCCCAAAAUAUGAAGCGUGUACAUACUGUCCAGGAUUUCUUGAAGCCCUUCCGGCAGAUGACGUCACUCCAUGACAGUGGGACAAACACGCCCUUGAGAUUUCACUCUGUUGACUUUUUCCAGGUACGAUGCUGUCUCCAAUUUCAAGAGAGCCAAAGAAUGUAGAAGGAGCGUCCGUGCGCAAUAAGUGGGAGCAGUAGAAGUGGUGGAACGCUUAAGUUCACAAAUUGCUUCCGAUUUCUGUCUGCAAAGUCAACCACAAUUUCAAGCACAGAGGGAGUUGUUUGCUUUGCCACUUCUACUCAAAGAAAUCAAACGGAAGCGACCGAGUGUCAGUGCACCAUGCUGUUUUGUUUUUCUCACUUUUUCACUUUUAUAAAGAUUUGAUACGUUUUUGAAAUGUCUUGUUUUUGCGAUUGCAAUUAUUUAUGUCUGAGAUUUGUGCAACUCGCUGUGCCUUUUUGCAAAAACGUGAAAGUGCUGGCAAGGAUGAUCAACACAACCAUGCUGGCUUGUUACAAUCGGCUCCGCUUUUUCUUUCUUUUCUUCAAUGGGAUUUGGAAGAACUUUUAUCCAUCCGGAUGUUGUCAUUGAUCGACAUGCUUUGCGAUACAUUGUGCUCUGCUGUGUAAAUAAACGUUUAUCUUUCAGAGGCAA